GAGACGUCUGCUUGUUUACGUCCAGCGAGAGUGCGAGCGGGAGUACAGCGACAAGUAACCUCAUUCACGUGGACUUUUGUUAUAUUUAAUCAUUCCAUAAUGUCUAACAAUCUUCAAAACAAGAAACGAUAUUAUUGGAGGGGAAGACUAGUUACAGAAAAAGUUUACAAAAAUAGAUUGCGUCUAUCUGAGCUCGCAAAAAUCAUGAAUAAAAAUAACGGGUGCAAGGAAAAGUGUAACCUAACAAACGAAGACGACAAUCAACAAAAAGAUGUAUUACUAGAGGGACGUCGUAUCGUUCAUUUAGAAACACUCGCUGAACAAUUAACUUGUCAAGAAUGUGGUGCAAUACUUUCAUUGAUUGAUACCGAGGCCGAAGAACGUAUUGGGUUAGCAUCUUUGCUCACCAUCAAGUGUCGACAGUGUCAGAAAAGUGCGAUAGUAUCUACAGAUAUGAAACACGAACCCAUCGGUCAAACGACAAAAAGGACACGGCCGCCUCUCAACAAAAUUAAAACCAGAUCAUCAACAGGAAUAAAAAAGAAAAAAAAUGAAGAAACAAAUUGUCAAGAAACAGUCACAUGUCAAAAUACUAAACUAAAAGCACCAGAGGGUAAUGAUGAACCAGAAACACCAAACAAAGAGAAUGUCGAGGAAAAAUUAAGCGAUAGUUCUGAAACUGCAAAUAUAUAUACGCAUUAUUUUGAAGAAAAAUACUUUGAAAAUCAUUACGUAAUCAACGUUGGAGAUUUUUCACCUGGUUGCUCAAGUGAGUCAGGUGAUGAUCUAAACAAUUCAGCACAAGAUCCUCUUGCGUUGUGAAACAAGUGUUUUUUAAAUAUUAUACUGCCCUUUUGUGAACAGUUGUGUGAAUAAUUUUAUGAGUUGACAGUAAAAGGAACUUGACUGAA